GUGCAUUGUGGAAGCAGAAAAUUUUGAGGAGCGGGUGGCAAUACUAAGUAGAAUUAUAGAAAUUCUGCAAGUUUUUCAAGAUUUGAAUAAUUUCAGUGGUGUAUUGGAGAUAGUCAGUGCGGUAAAUUCAGUGUCGGUAUACAGACUAGACCAUACUUUUGAGGCGUUGCAGGAAAGAAAAAGGAGAAUUUUGGAUGAAGCUGUGGAAUUAAGUCAAGAUCACUUUAAAAAAUACCUAGUAAAACUUAAGUCAAUCAAUCCACCGUGUGUGCCUUUUUUUGGAAUAUAUUUAACAAAUAUUCUGAAAACUGAAGAAGGGAAUAAUGAUUUUUUAAAAAAGAAAGGGAAAGAUUUAAUCAAUUUCAGUAAGAGGAGGAAAGUAGCUGAAAUUACGGGAGAAAUUCAGCAGUAUCAGAAUCAACCUUACUGUUUACGGAUAGAACCAGAAAUGAGGGUAAAUAUUUUCUUUGCUUAUCUUUAAAAGAGAACAUGUUAAAUCCUCUGCAAUCUGUAAGAAAUACCAUAACCGCACGUUAUGCUACUUACUUUACUAUAAAAAUAAUAUAGUUAAUAAUUAAUCAUUAGAUAGAAGUGGUAAAUAUUAGAUAUUCUGUGCUAACAGUCUGCAGUUAUGAAUAUUACUAGGUACUGGGGUACCUGGCUGGCUUAGUUGGGAGAGCAUAUGGCUCUUGUUCUCAGGGUUGUAAGCUUGAGCCCCAUGUUGGGUGUAGAGAUUACUUACAAAUAAAAUCUUAAAAAAAAUAUAUAUUAUUACGUGCUUUUUUCUUGAGAGUAUUGCUUCUUUGUACAACUGGUUCAAGUAAUGCUUUCAAAAAAUGAAUGACAAAAUGGAAUGAAACUCUCUGAUGUCCAUGUAGUAAAAAGAAAAUCCACUACUAGUACUGUCAUUGGUUGUUAGCCAUUUUAGAUAUUUUACGUGUGCCAGUGUAACAUUAAGUACUUAAUUUCUUCAUAAGAACACUGGGUUUAAAUAGGGGAAGAGGUUGGUUUUAUAUGUGUG